AUGAGUUGUUGCUCAAUGUGGCUAUAUCGAAUGCUCAGCUUCCUUUUUGCCUUCUUACUAUUUCAAGUUAAUUCUUCAUCGAUAUCCCUUCUAUCAUCUCCUCCUCCACAAUCAUGCCCUUCUGAACAUAGUUCUGCUUUGAUCCAGUUCAAGAACAGCCUGUCACUUAUCAGUGACUCUGCAAUAUGUAGAGAUUCUUAUCCUAAGACAGAAUCCUGGAACCAAAGUACAGACUGUUGCUCCUGGGAUGGUGUCACAUGCCACAGCAUGACGGGUCGGGUGAUUGGCCUUGAUCUCAGUUGUAGUCUACUUGAAGGCAAUCUUCCAUCCAACAGCAGCCUCUUCCUCCUUCAGGAUCUCCAGUGGCUUAACCUUGCCCACCUCAAUUUCAUUGGUUCUCAAAUUCCUUCUGAGUUUAGUAAGUUGAGGAGUCUAACCCAUCUCAAUCUUUCUUAUACAGGGUUCCACGGUAUGGUUACAGAGAAAAUCUCUCUUUUGUCAGAACUGCAUGGUCCAGUACCAAAUUUGAGGGGCACAUCUUUCUUUACUAGUUUGCGAGUCAUUGAUAUCUCUCAGAAUGAGUUCAAUGGCCACUUGCCAGCUAAAUUCUUUCAAAAUUUGAAGGGUAUGAAGGAUAUCCAAGAACAGCCAGCCGGUCCAUACUAUAUUGGAGAGUUAUAUUACCAUGAUUCCAUGAUUUUAACAAUCAAAGGAUUGGAGAGAAAUUUUGAGAAAAUAUUAGAUAUUUUCACAACUAUUGAUUUUUCAAGCAAUCAAUUCGAAGGACAGGUUCCUGAAGUAGUGGGAGAACUUAAAGAUCUUUUGGUGUUCAACUUCUCUCAUAACAGCCUAACAGGUCAAAUCCCAUCAUCAUUGGGGAAUUUGUUAGCACUGGAAUCAUUAGAUCUCUCAUCAAAUAAGAUUGCAGGAAGGAUCCCUAUGCAAUUAACGAAUCUGAUAUUUCUUGCAUUGUUAAAUCUUUCUCAAAACAAUCUCGUGGGUCCGAUUCCUAGAGGAUAUCAGUUUGAUACUUUCACAAAUGAUUCCUACAUAGGUAACUUACAGUUAUGUGGAUUUCCAUUGUCAAAGGAAUGUGGCAAAAGUGAGGGAACAGAACCUCCUCCAUCAAUAUUUGAUGAAGAUGAUGAUAAUGGAAGAGCACUUACUUGGAAAUUUGCAAUGAUGGGUUAUGGAUGUGGACUUGUGUUGGGAUUGAGCAUGGGAUACAUUGUAUUCACAACAGGAAAACCAGCUUGGCUAGUGAAGAUAAUCCAGAGAGCCCCAAACCAAAAAGUCAGAAGGCAAAUCCACAAAACUAGAGGAAGAAGAAAUAAGCCAAAACAGCCACUACUCUAA